AAAAUAUAGUAGCCUGUAUUAAAAUAAAAAAAGUGAAAAAUGAACUCACGUUACCUAAGAUCUUUUACGAUAUUACGGACCUUAAAACAGAGCAAUCGCUACGUUACAACUUUAAGCAAUUUUCCCCUAAGCCAAGAAAAACAUAAUAAAAAGGAAUUCAAGACGGAAAACAAUAAUUUAAACUAUUUAGGAGACCCAGAUACAUUUGGGACCCUCUCAAAAAAGGUUGUAGAACAUAACUUCGAAGAAGAUGAAGAUGAUAUUAAAGAAGAAAAGUUUCUGCAAGACUUGCCUUUACAGUCACAAAAGCUAACCAUUAAACAGUAUGCUGAUCUAAUCAAGCAAUAUGUUAAAUUAAAACGUUUAAAAGAAGCUAUUGACAUUCUCGAAGUGAGAAUGUUAAAGGAAGAUCGGGUUAAACCAGAUAACUACAUAUACAAUAUAUUAAUUGGUGCAUGUGCCGAGCUUGGGUACACGAAAAAAGCAUUUAAACUUUAUAAUGACAUGAAAAAAAGAACUUUAAAACCUACUGGGGAUACCUACACAUGCCUGUUCGAAGCCUGCAUCAACAGUCCCUUUCCAAAGUAUGGAUUGAAACAAGCCACCAAUUUAAGAAACUUGAUGAUAGAAAAGGGAGUAGAGCCGAAUUUGACCAACUACAAUGUCAUGAUCAAAACUUUUGGCAGAUGUUCUGACCUGCCUACCGCUUUCAAAAUUGUUGAUGAGAUGAUUUCAAAGAAAAUUAAAAUAAGAGUUCAAACAUUCAAUCACCUGCUACAAGCCUGUAUCACAGAUAAAGAAAAUGGGUUAAGACAUGGCCUAGUGGUUUGGAGAAAAAUGCUGAAUAUGAAAGAAAAACCAAAUAUUUACUCAUUCAAUCUUAUGCUGAGAUGUGUUAAGGAAUGUAAUUUAGGCUCUAAAGACGAUCUAAUACAACUGAUCGAAGCUUCUCAAAUACAAUUACAACCGAAUCCAAAACCUCUGUUUAUUGAAGGAAAAGCAGAAACUAAACAUAAUAACAUACAAAAGUUAAAAAGCCCUAAAAAUUCAAUGGAAGAAGUUUGUAUAAAAGAAGACAGCAAUAGUGAUGAGUCUAGCAGCUUACCUAAUAAUAACAAUGUGACACAAUUACAAAACAUUACUUCUUUAGCCACUGCAGAACCAACCUUACAAAUAAUUGAUAAGCCUAAUAAAAUAACCACCUCGCAAAGAACUGUUCCGAAUCUACUUUCAAAAGUUAUAAACAUAGAUGAAGUGUUAUCCCUGCAAGAAGUAACUACCCCACAAGACAAAUUUGCCAUUAUAGGAGGCCAAGAUGACUUCCUAAAAGAAAUGAAUGUUUAUUCAGUGCAGCCAGAUAUAAAAACAUUUACACAGAUGCUACCCCUUCUUGAAAAUAGUACAGAGGCGGAAAAUAGACUUCUAGAAUCAAUGAAUGCAUUAAACAUUAAACCAGACAUAGAUUUUUAUAAUAUGCUCAUGAAGAAGAGGUGUUUGAGAUAUGAUUAUAAUGCUGCCCUUGCAGUAAAGAAUAUAAUUGAAAAAGACAGGAAAUCUAGAAAGAGGCAUCCAUUAAGUAAAAAACACAGUUUAAAAUUGAAUAUCAUGACUUAUGGUAUACUAGCACUAACCUGCAAAGAUCGGAAACAGGCUGAGGAACUUUUGAAUGAAAUGAAAGAAAAGCAACUCAAAUUAAACAUAGAAAUUCUAGGAACUUUGCUCCAGAACGCAACACAUGACAUGCAGUUUGGAUAUAUUCUGUUUGUUAUGAGUUUGGUGAAACAAGAUAAUUUGAGGGUUAAUGGUGUGUUCCUGAAACACUUGGAAAAAUUCAAUAAUAAGUGCCUUUCUAUUCUUGAAAAGAAUAAACAAAAUAAUGUUGAAAGUCCCGUGUUAAAAGCUGCUUACGAGAGGUUCUAUAAAAUAUACAUAAAUUGGUUGAAUGAUAUUAACAUAGAAGAAGUGCUAAAAGAGGAACACCCUUGGCAGCAGUUCAAGGAGCCACAUCCAGAGACACUACAGAGGGAGAACAUAAAUAUAAUACAACCAAAGAAGUUUUAUAAAAGAAGCCAUAGAUUUGUUAAAUAUGUGCCAAAAGUUUGAAUAAAAAACUGUUACCAA